AUGGCCACUCAUGUGCUCACAAACGGCGAUCCCCUCGUCGACGCCGACGACCACCAAGAAGUGGACGCACUGUCGCGUCGUCUGUCGCACGAGUUGGCCAUCGAUGGCGCGGUCGACACGUGUUGUGCGGUAUCACUGAUUAACUACGAGAGCGAGCGGCAGAUGCCGGACAUCAUGGGUUUGAUCCAAAAGGACUUGUCUGAGCCGUACUCCAUCUACACCUACCGCUACUUCAUCCACAACUGGCCGCACCUCUGCUUUCUGGUAGGUCUUCGCUCGCCAACAACUGUCCACUCGGUGUGA